AUGGACUUCCAGAACCGCGCAGGCUCCAAGUUUGGCGGCGGCGGCGUCGCGUCCCAGUCGGCCACCAACGCGGACCGUCGCGAGCGUCUCCGCAAGCUCGCCCUCGAGACCAUCGACCUUGACAAGGACCCCUACUUCUUCAAGAACCAUGUCGGCUCCUUCGAGUGCCGUCUCUGCCUCACGGUUCACCAGAACGACGGUUCCUACCUCGCUCACACCCAGGGCAAAAAGCAUCAGACCAACCUCGCCCGCCGUGCCGCCCGCGAGCAAAAGGAGGGCCGCCAGGGCGCCGUCGACCCGGCCACGGGGCUCCCCGUCGGCGUCACUGGAGCCGGUUUCGCACAGCGCCGUAACGUCGUCAAGAUCGGCCGCCCUGGUUACAAGAUCACCAAGAUCCGAGACCCCGUCACACGCCAGCAGGGCCUACUCUUCCAGCUGCAGUACCCAGACGCCACCCCCGAGACCACACCCAAGUGGCAGGUCAUGAACGCCUUCACACAGCACGUCGAGGAGCCCGACAAGAACUUCCAGUAUCUACUCGUCGCCGCCGAGCCCUACGAGACGGUCGGCUUCAAGAUCCCAGCCCGCGAGCUGGACAAGCGCGAGGACCGACAAUUUUGCUUCUGGGAUCCCGACGCCAAGGAGUAUUGGAUCCAGGUCAUGUUUAUGACGGAGCGUGAGGAGCGCUUCAACGCGGCACCUGGUCUGACAGCACGGAGAUGA